UGCAACAUGUACACUCGUAAGCUUAUCCUGUUUGUGGCUGCCUCUCUUUUCAGUCCAGUUCUCACAGAUGAAGACUUUUACCAAGUGAGAGCAUGCUGUACAUUCAAAGGGCCACACUUUGAAAAAACCGAGUACAUAUUAACUAGUAUUUUUAAUAAGAACUUGAUGAUGGAGUACAACAGCACAAGAGGCAACUGGACGGGAUUCACAGCGUAUUCAAUUGAAACAGCAAAAUGGUGGAACAGUGAUCCCUUUGAUGCACUAACAAGAAAGAUUGAAAGGAAACUGUUGUGUACGGACACAUCAGACCUCAUCCAAUCCAUAUAUAAUUUGACAACUAUACCCACUGUCAGACUAAAAUCAGUGAAAAGGCCUAAUGGCGAGCACGCAUCUACGCUUGUGUGCAGUGCCUACAACUUUUAUCCAAAACAAAUCAGAAUGAUGUGGAUGAGGAACGGCCAGGAGGUGACCACAGAUGUCAGUUACUCUGACGUGAUGCCUGAUGGUGACUGGUACUACCAGACUCAUUCCUACCUGGAGUACAUCCCAACUUCAGCAGAAAAAAUUGCCUGUAUGGUCGAACACCUUGGUCUCUCCGAGCCGAUGUUUGUGGUCUGGGACCCCUCCCUCCCAGUGGAACAACGAACUCAGAUAGCUGUUGGACUGUGCGGACUCGUGACUGGAUUUGUUAUUGCAAUAUCUGGAAUCAUCUACUAUAAUAAGAAGUCUGCUGCAUACAUCACUGUGUGUCAAAGACAAGUGUUCAUUCCUGUGGAAUCCCUUCCUGAAGCUGGAGCAACUUAACAGCCUGAGCAAACAGGCUCAAAAAUACAGGCACGCUCCAUCCAAGGUGCCCCAAAUAUCACAGCUCUUUGAAUAACGAUGUCUGUUGUGAGUGACUGGAGUGACCGGGGCUUUGCAUUUUUUACCUACGGGACAGAGGAUACAUUUGUAAUGUAGUUAAUACUCUUAUACAGUAUAGUAAUAUAAUUUUAUAGAAAAAUGAUUACACUGUAUCUACUGCCAUUAACCCUCAUUAAGCAGUAAACCCUGUGAGUUAACCAGUGGUGAAAGUGGAAAAGUAGAAAAACCCUGGAAUAAUAGGAUGGUUCAAAAGCUACCCACAGUAUGCACACCCACAUGGUACCUUCCUAGCAAUUAAGUAAGAGAAUGAUUAUCUCCAACUAUAUAGAACCAACUAACAUUU